CUUUUUUCAAAGUGCUGUUUUGUUAGUUUCCUUUAUAUUACUUUUUUAUAUUCUCUAUAUCUAGGACUCAGUAGCAGAUCCAAAUUUUCAAAAAGAAAAUCAUUAAAUAAUUCCAUUUUUUUUUUUUUCACAUAGUCGAUAAAGAGUAGAUCGACAAAUUUCGAGGGCUUUCUCUUUCAUUUCUCUUCUUCUUCUUCUUUCCCACAAGAAAAAAAAAAAAAGGGCUUUUGUGGGUUGGUAAAAAAAAAAAUCAAGAAAUUUUUUCAAGAUAUAUAUAUUGGGAAAAAAAAACAGUUCUUGAUUCUUGAAAGUUGAGAUUUUUAGUUAUAGAAAAUGAGUUCGGAUCUGAUAGCUAACACACAAGGUAACCUUGAUGAGCAGAUUUCUCAGCUUAUGCAGUGCAAGCCUUUAUCCGAGCCUGAGGUUAGAGCAUUAUGUGAGAAGGCUAAGGAGAUACUAAUGGAAGAAAGUAAUGUUCAGCCAGUAAAAAGCCCUGUGACUAUAUGUGGUGAUAUCCAUGGGCAGUUCCAUGAUCUCGCCGAGCUUUUUAGGAUUGGUGGACAGUGUCCAGAUACAAAUUAUCUGUUUAUGGGUGAUUAUGUUGACCGUGGAUACUAUUCGGUCGAAACCGUUACUCUAUUGGUAGCUCUGAAAGUGCGCUAUCCCCAACGACUAACAAUUCUCAGAGGAAAUCAUGAGAGCCGACAGAUCACACAAGUCUAUGGGUUCUAUGAUGAAUGCUUGCGGAAGUAUGGCAAUGCUAAUGUUUGGAAAACAUUUACUGAUCUAUUUGAUUAUUUUCCUUUGACAGCAUUGGUUGAAUCCGAAAUUUUUUGUUUGCAUGGAGGACUGUCUCCAUCUAUUGAAACCCUUGAUAAUGUAAGAAGCUUUGACCGUGUCCAAGAAGUUCCUCAUGAAGGGGCCAUGUGCGAUCUUUUGUGGUCAGACCCAGAUGAUCGUUGCGGUUGGGGUAUGUCACCCCGGGGUGCUGGAUACACUUUUGGACAGGACAUUUCUGAGCAAUUUCACCAUACCAACAAUCUAAAGCUGAUAGCUCGAGCUCAUCAACUGGUCAUGGAGGGAUAUAACUGGAGCCAUGAACAAAAGGUUGUCACUAUUUUUAGCGCACCAAAUUAUUGUUAUCGAUGUGGAAACAUGGCCUCCAUUUUGGAAGUUGAUGACUGCAGAGGGCACACUUUUAUCCAGUUUGAUCCAGCUCCAAGAAGGGGAGAACCGGAUGUAACAAGGAGGACCCCUGAUUACUUCUUAUAAAUGUGAUGGAGAGGAAUAUCUGUCUACCAAGUGCUGGGUUUUGCGAUAAUUUCCAUCUGCUGCCGAGAUGUGAGCACAAUUAUGGCAAGCUAAUAGGCUGCUCUUGGGAGGUAAUGCGAGGACCAAGAGACUUGACCAGGUCCCCUUGGUUUAAGUCAUAUUCUAACCUAUGUUAGGAAAUAUUAGAGUGGGGAAGUGCAGCCAGCAAUGCUGUUAUGUAUCAUUUUAUGAAGACUUCUUUUCUGUUGUUCCUUUCCAUGCUCUGAUUUUCAGUCUUAGUGUGAUAUUUUUGUCAAAGUUGUCAUAUGUUGGUUGCAAGGAAGUCUGUUGUGUAAAGUUAAGAAUCUACUUUACAGUGUAACUUUUACCUUGUUAAUGCAGCUGAUCCGUUUCUGGUGAAA